AUGCUUUCUCGUUCCAUACUUCCGGCUCUGGCAGCCCUUUUCUCCUUCGCAGCAGCCUCCUUCUCUGGUGAAGCUACAUACUAUGGAGGGAACACUCAAGGUGGCGCGUGUUCGUUCAGCACCUACACGCUCCCAAGUGGGCUUUACGGCACUGCCUUGAGCGAUUCGAACUGGGACAACAGUGAGGCCUGCGGCGGGUGCGUGCAGGUCACCGGACCCACCGGCAAAAACAUCACCGCCAUGGUUACCGAUCAGUGCCCCGGUUGCGGCCAGAACCAUCUCGACUUGUACGAGAAUGCUUUUCCUGAGCUUGCAGCGAAAAGCGCAGGUACGCGCAACAGAAGUUAGCAUGCUGUCUGCUCAUGUUGACAAUGCCAGGUCAUAUUCAAGUAACCUGGGACUGGGUCGAGUGUCCCAUCUCGAGCCCACUUGAAAUCCACAUGAAGUCUGGUGUCUCCGCCUACUGGUUCUCAGCUCAAGUUGUCAAUGGCAACAAGGUAAGAGGGAUGAAAAAUGCUUCAUACACAGCAGCUGACCACGGGCACAGCGUACCGCAAGCAUGUCCGUCUCCACGGACGGAGGCAGUACUUGGAAGGACGGCCUCACUCGCAAGACCUACAACUUCUUUGAGAACUCGUCGGGCUUCGGGACCACCACUGUUGAUGUCAGGGUUGAGAGCGAGGACGGCGACCGAGUGAUCGUCAAGAAUGUUGCCGUCACGGGUGAUAGCAAGACCACUGCCUCUGGCAACUAUUAA